AUGGGUUCAUCACAAACCCACCACCACCAACAACAACAACGUCGCGGCAAGAAUUUCGACCUCCGCGAUCUCAUCCUCGUCGCCUGUGGAACCUUUUUCGGAACCCUCGCAUUUCUCCUCCUUCUCUCCAUGAUUUAUUAUCAUUCUUCUUCUCCCCUCUCACCUCUUCGAAAAAAAGAUUUCCUCCCCAAUCUCCCUUUCAACACGAUCAAAAUCUGGAAUCAACAAGAUCAGUACGUCACAGACGAGAAUUGGAUGCAACAUUGGGAUGCAUUAUUAGGCCACGAUAUUGGAUUUGUGCAAGUUUCGCAUCCGGCACAAUUUGGAUUGCGAGGCGGGUAUCCGCUGCGUGGGAGUGUGGUUUUGGAUGAGAGGGGGAAGAGGGUUGAGAGGCAGCCGGGAGAGGAGGCUGAGGCGUAUUGUUUGUCGGUGAUGCAUCAGAUUCAUUGUUUGAUCAUGUUGAAACAAUCCUUCUCCUCUUCGACUCCAGUCAAUCUCACUUCCAAAGAAGGCAAACAUCUCAAUCACUGCUUCGACUAUCUUCGACAAGCCGUCAUGUGUUCGGCGGACAUGUCGUUGGAGAAAGCUCGAAUUGACGAACAGGGGAAAAUUGAACUGGCCGUGGAUGGAUGGGGAGUGGAGCAUAAAUGUCGGAGUUGGGAUGCGGUCGAGACGUUUGCUACCAAGCAUGGAUUCCGAACGGGAGUGGGAGGGUGGAAGCUGGAAGGGCAGGCUUUGGAUUGA